CCAACAUAAAUAAACAAAAAUAUUUAAUACAGUAUCCAAUAUAUUUAUAAUGAAAUUUGUAUGUACAUUUAUCAAAUUGUUACUGUUUUGUUCAUGUGGAACUGUCGGAGGAAUCAGAAGCCUGACGACAUGCGAUCUUUAUAACACAAAAUAACAUCUUCAAUACACUUUUAACAAGUGGUUUUCCUAUAUCAUUGAUUCAUACAAAUAAUAUCAAUAAUAUACCGUGACAGUUAAUUUUAAACAUCUGUACAAGUGUUAAUUUAUCAUCAAGCAUAAUGUAUUUAUAUUUUGAUUUGAUAAAAAAUGCAAGAGUUGGGUGAACAUGAUCAAGAAUUCUUUAAAUCACUUAUUCCUAAAGCACGUCCAUCAAUAAGAAAUAUCAAUUUGCUUCAAACAAAUUUUUUAAAACAUUCUGUAGGUUUGUUGCAAAAAAAAAAGAUGUACAAACCUAAGCAACAUAAUUCAAAUUUUUCUGAUUCUUCUGACGAUGAAAUCGAAUGUACAGAUGAUGAAGAUGAUGACUAUGAACAAAAUGAUAAUAGUAGUAGAUAUAGUAACAAAACUUUAAAUAAUUCAUCACAAAAUGUAUUAUUAGAAUCAUUUAGUAGUGCACAUAAUUAUCCUUCCUUUACACGAGUGCAAGAACAAAGUUUUCGUAAUCGAAGUACAAACCAAUCUGCCAAUGUUACUACCUCUUCUCCAAUUCCAAAACGGCGAAGUCAACCUCAUGUAAAAUCAGAAACACAGUAUUUUAAUAUAUUUUUAUAUAGCAUCAUCGCUCUCAUCAUAAUUAUCAGUAUCAUUUACUUUGUUACUCCUACUAAAAAUAUAAAUCAAGAAAUAGUUAAGAAUACUGAAGUGAAAACUAGAAAAGUACAUUUGAGAGAAGUAGAUCAGAUGCUAGAUAAAUCAAUGCAGAUAAUUAAAGCACAGUUUUACAAUCAGAAACCUAGCAUUUGGAAUGAUAUAUCAGCUGCAAUAUACGAUGUAGUUUUGUAUCCUAAGAAACCUUCGAUUAUUGUUUUAUUUGGAAAAGAAGCAAAUACUUUGAACUGCUUAGCACAAUUGCUUGGUCAGUUGGGUGGUGUUGUUUUAGGUAACAAAGAUUAUUUAACAUUAACACCAAAUGAUUUCGCAAAUGAUGUUGGACAAGUUAUUUAUAAUUUAAAAAUACAGAUUUUGAAAAAGCCAUCAGUAAUUAUACAGGAUAUAUUGAACAUUAAUACGGAGGCAAUAAAAGCAUUUCAUAAUUUUUGUGAUAGAGAAACUCCUUUGGUUGAGAAUGCCAUUUACAUUAUAACAAUGCUUGUAGACGACUACACACUAUCUCAAAAGGAAUUAGAAUUUGUGGAGAAAAGAUUAGUUAGAAAAUUAUCAGGCAAAAUAGAGAAGGAUAUUUUAGAUCCACUGAUAACUAGAAUCACAGAUGGGAUUAUUGUACCAAUAUUACCAGAAUCAAGUACAAGUUUCAAUCAUUCACAUUGUUCUUUUCCUCAGGCACAAAUAAAUAAAUUAGGGGCUGUGAUUUCUUAAUGAAAGUAAAAGUAUGAUAAGUUAUAUAUAUGUGUAUAAUGUUUUUAAUCGGAAGUGUUAUAGUAGGUAGUAAUUUAUAAAUGUAUCAAACAUUAAAUAAACAUUUUUGUGUAUUAAUAUUCAACUUUAUUUUGUUAUGUCAAAUGACAGUACAGAAAAUCAACAUUUUUAGAUAAAGAUUUCCAAUGAUGAUUUGCUGGUUUCUACAAAUUUUCAAAAAAUAUAACAACAAGAUCGAUGCCUCUGGCAUGAUUUCAAUUACGUUCAUAGAUGACGUGUUUAUAUAGCUAUAAAAUAAAAUAUAAUGAGUAAGUUCACUUCGUAUGUGUCGUAUCGCACUUUUAUUUUAACGUGUAAUAUGUCGGUCUACUGUCCACGUAGUUGCGUGUCCUGAAUUGCCAAUUUACAAUGCGUUUAUCUCGUAAUAUCUCACACAUGAAAUCGCAUGCAUCGAAGAGAAUUUAAUAUUGUAAUACUUAUAAAUUUCAAUACAAUUUUGGUUUUAUAAUUAAAUAGUAACAAAUAAAUUAUAAACAAGUACUUUGUAUCAAAAUUUUAUAACUUUUAUAUAAAACAUAUAUUUAUAUAUAUAUAAUUGAGGAAGAUCAGAUUGAUUAAUAGAUUUGUAAAAAUAAAUAUCUGCAUGAUUCUUUUUCGGUAAUAAAACUUUAAGGUGUUUUUAUUUAAAAGAAUAGCGUGCAACAACAUAAAAUGGCAAAAUUACUUCCGAUAUGCUUACAUUCUAUUUGAGUAAGCAAUAUAAAUUGGCAACAAAUACUUGUAAGUACACACCUUGUUAAAGUAUUGUAUUAACAAAGUGGUCACUUACAUGAUUUUUAUAAUACAGUCCUCCUCUGUCGUAAUAAUUCACGUCCGUAACUAAAAGUAGGUAAUAUAUAUAUAUAUAUAUAUAAUUAUAUAUAUAUUUAUAUUUAUAUUUAUAUUUAUAUAUAUAUCUUGCAUAAUGUAGCGUGGUACCGUCAAACCUAAAUAAUAAAUACAUUUUAUACAGUCACAGACCUUUUAUACAGAAUGUCCAAAAUUGAAUGUGCUGUACAAUUGCGAAUACGAUCAAUUUGUUUCGUAUACGCGAAAAAAAGAAAUAAAAUAAAAGAUUUUCAAUUUAUUAAUACAAUUUUGAUUUUGACGAUUUUGAGAUGUAAAAUUUAAAAAGAAAACAAAAAAUUUGCUUGUUAAAAUUUGUAUAAUUAAACAUAACUAUUCUUAUUUCUCAUCAAAUAUUUUAUGUGUAUAAUAUUGUUAACGUAAGUGUAGAAACGUGUAAAAAAAUCUUGUAAUUUAAUAAAUUACGAUAAACAAAAUAUUUAAAAAAUACGCUUGUGCCGAUAUUAAAUAGAAUAUUUAUAUACAGGAUGAUUUAUAUAAGUGUGCCACCUAUAUUACUUAUAAAUUGUUUGUUAUAUGAAAACCUAGUUGUAUAGUUUUAAAGGAGCAGGCACACAAUAAGUAGUUUAUUAUAGUUUUGCUUUUUUAUGGAUAUACGAAAAUUAUAUUUAAUUUUUUAAUUGUACUAGGGAAAAUUUGAUCUUCAUUAGUUUUUAGAUCCGUAGAUACCAAUCUUUCAUUUAGCGUUCAACGCUUUUUCAAUUGCAAGGUCAAAUUGUAGUUAUUACAAUUAAAAAAUUAAAGUGACUUUCAUACUUUGAUUAAAAAA